GGCUUUUGUGAACCGGAAGUGAAUUUUAAUUUGCGCAACAGUGUAAUAAGCUGAUUACUGUAGAGAUGGCUGGAGACACAGAGGAUGAGAUACCUGAAACGGGAGCUGUGUUCACUUUUGGCAAGAGUAAAUUUGCAGACAAUGUUCCCAGCAAGUUCUGGUUGAAGAACGACGUCCCUUUAAAGCUAGCAUGUGGAGAUGAACACACUGCACUAAUUACAGCGAUUGGAAAGUUGUUCAUGUUUGGCAGUAAUAACUGGGGACAGCUCGGCCUGGGUGAAAAGAUCAGUGUGAAUAAACCUACUUGUGUUAAAGCCUUGAAAUCUGAAAAAGUCCAGCUCGUCGCGUGUGGAAGAACUCAUACGCUUGUUUACACGUCAUGCGGUAACCUGUACGCAGCAGGUGGGAAUAACGAAGGCCAGCUCGGUCUUGGAGACUUUGUGGAAAGAACGUCGUUCCAGCUGGUGGAGUUCUUCACCAAACGCGGACCAAUCAAGAUGCUCGCAGCUGGUUCCAACACGUCGGCUGCGAUCCUGCAAGACGGGAAGCUGUAUGUGUGGGGUGAUAACUCGGAAGGGCAGAUCGGUUUGGGAAAGGAGGAAGGGACUCCCACGCCACGUGAACUUUAUGUAGGGAGACGGGUGACGUGGAUUUCCUGUGGUUACUAUCACUCUGCUUUCGUAACAGAGGAUGGGGCGUUAUUCACCUUUGGAGAGAGAGACAGUGGGAAGCUGGGACUGUCCACAACACGGGUGCUCAAUCACAGAGUGCCUCAGCAAGUAGAGGGCAUCUGUGAGCGUGUGCUGCAGGUGGCGUGCGGUGGAGGCCACACGCUGGCGCUCACAGAGAAACACCUGUAUUCCUUUGGCCUGGGACAGUUCGGCCAGCUGGGUCAUGGCACCUUCGUCUUUGAGUCCAGUUUGCCGAGAGUGGUGGAACAUUUCCGCAAGGGAAGAGUAAAGCACAUAGCGUGCGGAGAAAAUCACAGUGCCGUUCUCACAGAGAGCGGACUUCUCUACACGUUUGGCGAUGGCCGUCACGGGAAAUUGGCUCUAGGAGAGGAGUACUUUGCCAACCAGUUCAAACCAACAUUGUGUCCACGAUUCCUCAAAUAUAAUGUGCAGGAUGUUACUUGUGGUGGGUGUCACAUGCUAGUGUUGGCUAAACCUCGGCUCAGAAGGUCUGAAGAUAUGAUCGUAGAGGACGAUGAUGUGACCGAAGACCAUCUGGAGAAGUUGCUCAGGGAGGCGGAGUCUCGAUGCGGUCUGAACAGAAGUCUCUCAGCCCGGGAGAGACGCAGGGAGAGGCAGCGCUCUCCAGAGCAGUUUGGGAUGAUGUUCCGGACUCUUCCACCUCUUAGUUCAGGUCACCUUAAUGUGUCUCUACCUGCUUCUGGUCAGACUUUACCCUCACAACUAAACAAGAGAACCGCAAACGGCUUCCAGAGGAACGGCCUUCUCAGCCGCACCGGCAAGGUCACAGAAGAACAUGAAGUAGAAGGGAAGACUCCUGAUGAAAACUAUGAGGAUAAUGAAAGUGUGAAAGAUUUGGGUGAAACCUCUGAUUUAUUAAAUUUAACUCAUGUAAUGAAGAUGGAUCCUGGUGAGAAGACUAUUACUUUAUCUCCUGUUCAGAAGAAGAAGGUUAAAGCUGGGGGAAAACGCAGUAAGGAGGUGGAGCGACUUAUACAAGACUCUGCACCUGAUAAUGGGUGGGCGGGGCUUAGUUCAAGCAAGGCCCAGCCCACCGAGUUACUAAGAAGUGUCAGUGGCAAAUCACAGUUUGGGGAACAUCAGCGUCCUAGCGUUCCGUACCAAAGUUCCCAGAGCUGGGACAGUGAUAAAGGGAAUGCUAUGAAGGAAAGUAGUCUUAUAAGGCAUACAGUUAGGAAACAUAGAGCUAAAACAGAGAGCCAGCCAAAGUCUAAGUCUAAGCCUGAUUCGCAAAGGCAAUUAAUUGGGUUUAAGCCUAAAGCUAGAGCCCAGCCAGGUCAAGAGGAUGUGUGCAAGUCUGAGGUAAAAGAACAUUCAAGUAACAUAAAAGGCGAGAAGGAGUCAGAGAAAGAAGUUUAUGAAUCAGAAGAAAAAGCGAAUCAUUUUAGACAAGGGGAUUUAGACAAAUCAGGAUCCGAAAAAAGGUCCGUGAACAAAAGACAUGGACAAGCCAUUAAGGAAAGAAGGCAGGAGCUGCCUAGAGAGUUUUCUGCUCAAAUCACAGAGGUGAAACGCAUACCUGCGGAGUCUGAAAGCAAGGCAGUGAAAGUGAAAAGCAAGCCAAUAGUUGUGCAAAGCAAAUUACUGGACAGUACCACCGAGCAUGAUGUAAAAACCUGGGAUGGCUGCACUAGCAGUGAACAGUAUAAUCAAGCACAUGUACCAACCAAGAAGACCCAGUCUACCAAACCUGAGCACAACAUGGACUCACAAAAGAAAACUAAGGGGCUUGUGCUGGAUUUGAAAGCAGCAGCCAGUGCAACAGACGGCAUAAGUUCACAAUCGGAGCACACACUGCCUAGCUCUCUCAUGGAGGUGUCAUCACUAACAGAGGACUUGCCAAUUGAGAGUCCUGUGCGUCUUCUGAAAAAGGGAGCCUCCAGCCAGUUCCUGUCCCAAGCAGCAUCUAUCAACUCCUCACAAUCUAGUGGGCAGAGUCCAAACACCCUGGACAAAGAGACUCUUUCAAAUGCUGCCUCUAUCAGUGAGAAUCCAGAGAAGAAUGUAAGCAAAAGGACGGCGGUUACCAUUAAUGUAAUGCCUGUACUUGCAGCUUCAGAUGAGGAACCUAAGAAGAGCAUGUCUCGGUAUCAGCCUGAGGAGAGAGUUGAAGAUAAAGGAGGAGAGAGUGCGAGGGACGAGAUCGGUCAGUUAUCACAGGAAGAAGAAGAGGACAAUGAGAGUGGAGGACUGACAGACAGUGAGAGACUGGCGAAAGGAAGGGACAAGAGCAGCAGUGUGGAAUAUGGCAAAGAAGGAAGUAAAAGUGUUGGGCAGGUAACAAAUGAUGAUGGACAAGCACAAGAUGAGACAAAUUGGAGCAUGUCGAGUGAAGGAGAGGAGACCGAAGGAGAGGAGAAAGAGGAAAAAAGUAAAACCGAGUCAGAGCAAGGAAAGGAUUGUGAGACAGAGCCUGAGGAAGAAACAAGCAGCCAUGUUUUGGAGGAAAGAGUGGAUGAAGAACUAAGUGAGGCUCAGAAUGUGGAGCAAGAAGAGGAAGAAAGCAGAAUGAGCUAUGGGGAGGAAGAGAGCAGGAAAGAAUCGGGUAGAGAGAUAGAGAGCCGGGGCAGUGAGACCGAAGAGGAGGAAGGUGAGGAAGAGAGUAAAAGUUCUAAAUCUGAAAGUGUUAGUGCAGCUAAGGAGGAACAUGGUGAGGGGGACGAGAGUGAAGAGGAAGAAGAAGAGAAUAGUUCUGAAGAGGAGAAGGGGUUUAUAGGGAAAGAGAAAAAUGAGGGAGAGGAUGAAGAGGAAAGUGGAAAUGAAAGUGAGGCAGAGGGGGACACGGUAGAGGGUGGGAGUGAGAAAGACCAACAGGAGAGUGGGACAGAAGAGCAGGAAAGUGAAGAAGGAGAGAAAGAGAGUGAAAAAGAAGAGGAGAGUGAAACAGGAAAGGAAGAGCGUGAGGAAGAGAGUGAGGCGGAGAGUAAAGCAGGAAAGAAUGAGAUUGAGGAAGAGAGUGAAGUUGGAAAGGAGGAGAGUGAGGAAGAAGAGGAGGAGAGUGAAGUUGGUAAGGAAGAAGAGGAGGAGAGUGAAGUUGGUAAGGAAGAAGAGGAGGAGAGUGAAGUUGGAAAGGAAGAGAGUGAGGCGGAGGAGGAGGAAAGUGAGGCAGGAAAGGAAGAGAGUGAGGCAGAAGAGGAGGAGAGUGAGGCAGAUGAAGAGGAGAGUGAGGCAGGAAAGGAAGAGAGUGAGGCAGAAGAAGAGGAGAGUGAGGCAGAAGAAGAGGAGAGUGAGGCAGUAAAGGAAGAGAGUGAGGCAGUAAAGGAAGAGAGUGAGGAAGAAGAAGAGGAGAGUGAGGCAGGAAAGGAAGAGAGUGAGGAAGAAGAAGAGGAGAGUGAGGCAGUAAAGGAAGAGAGUGAGGAAGAAGAAGAGGAGAGUGAGGCAGGAAAGGAAGAGAGUGAGGCAGAAGAAGAGGAGAGUGAGGCAGGAAAGGAAGAGAGUGAGGCAGAAGAAGAGGAGAGUGAGGCAGGAAAGGAAGAGAGUGAGGCAGAAGAAGAGGAGAGUGAGGCAGAAGAAGAGGAGAGUGAGGCAGAAGAAGAGGAGAGUGAGGCAGGAAAGGAAGAGAGUGAGUCAGAAGAAGAGGAGAGUGAGGCAGGAAAGGAAGAGAGUGAGGAAGAAGAGGAGGGAAUGGAAAGAGAAACAGAAAAUGAAGGGGAGGAUAGUGAGGGAGAGGGAAAAGAGAGUGGUGAUGGAGAGGAAGAAAGUGGAGAAGAAGAAGAAGGAGGUGAGGAUAAUGAAGCAGAGAAAGAUGUAGAAGAAUCCGAGCAGGAGAAUGAAGAUAAAGAGAACGAAGCAGGGAAGUCAGAAGAAGAGAGUGAGGAGGAAAAAGAAGAGGAGGAAGGAGGUGAGCGAGCAGGAGAGCACGAGGACGAAGAAGAAGGAGACCAAGAGGAUAAAGAUGAGGAGGAAAACGAACAGGAAGCGGUAGAGGAAGAAGAAAAUAAGAAGAAACGAAAAGGAAAUGAAAAACAAUCUAAAUUCCAGCACAAGAGCUCGAAGAUUAAAAAACGCUCCGAGUCUCAGGAGCCUCGACAGUUCUGGGAUGAUGUCCUCCCUCAGUACCUCAACUUAAAAUAAAUCCUCCGCCUCACUCCUACCUGCUUCCACUCUCUCAGUCUGAUGAAUAUUCUCCACACCGUUUCAUUUUCCUCAGACAUGCCACUCAGAAGCGUUUGUGUGUGUUCAUACUGAGCUUCAUUUCAGCACUUUCUCAUGAUGGGAAUAUCUCUAACGCCUUACGGAUGAUUGUGUACAUCAUCUUCAGCUGCUGGUUACUCCAGUGUACUGUAUACUCAUUUCUCUGCUUCCUGAUUGGAGAGGACUUUACUUUAUUCAUGUAGUUAUUCAAAUUGUUACAUGUAAAUUAAACUACUAAUGUUCAGUUUUAUUAAUUAUUCGACAUCUUUUGAAUGUC